AUUGCUAAGCCUAGCCUUUCCCUCUCUCUCUCUCUCUCUCUCUCUCUCUCUCACACUUCGCAUUUCAAAUUCCGGGUUUUCGAUCUUUUGGCAGACCCAUCAUCGAAAUCGGCCGGGCUCAUAAGAUCUUAAUCUCAAAAGCACGAAGAUCGAUGGAGAGAGUGAGAGAGAAGGCUAUGGAGAUCGCGAGGGAGGUAGAGAGAGUUGCAAGAGAAGAUCCAAGGAGAGUCGUUCAUUCUCUUAAAGUGGGACUUGCUCUCGCUCUGGUCUCGUCCUUCUACUAUUACCAACCUCUCUACGACAACUUCGGCGUCAAUGCGAUGUGGGCCGUCAUGACCGUCGUAGUCGUCUUCGAGUUCUCUGUCGGGGCCACGCUUGGGAAAGGAUUGAACAGAGGAGUUGCAACAUUAUUUGCCAGUGCACUUGGAGUCGGAGCUCACCACAUUGCAAGCAUUUCGGGACCCACACUAGAACCGAUUCUUCUUGCAGUCUUUGUCUUUUUGCAUGCUGCCAUAUCGACGUUUAUACGGUUCUUCCCCAAGGUGAAGGCAAGAUACGAUUACGGUCUGUUGAUAUUCAUACUCACGUUCGCGUUGGUAUCGGUCUCGGGCUUCAGAGACGACGAGGUUAUCGAAUUGGCGCACAAGAGGUUGUCGACGGUCGGCGUGGGAGGAGCUGCUUGUGUUCUUGUCUCCAUCUUCAUCUGUCCUGUUUGGGCAGGACAAGACCUUCACAAUCUCAUCGCCAACAAUUUGGCAAAAGUCGGGAAUUUUCUAGAAGAAUUUGGGGACGAAUACUUUCAAGGGGCAGCGAAUGGAGACACCAUACACGUUGAGAAGAAGAGAGAGAAUCUUGAAGGGUAUAAAAGUGUCCUAAGCACAAAAUCGAAUGAAGAGUCUUUGGUGGGCGAAUUUCGCGAGAUGGGAACCGGGUCACGGGGAUUUCAGGUUCAGGCAUCCUUGGAAACAAUAUCUCGCCAUUGGUACGUUGAUCCGACAGUGCGGUUAUCGGGUCGAUGCCUUGAAUUCAUACCUCAAAGCAGAUAUCCAGGUAUCAAUGGAUGCAAAAAAGAGAUUAGAAGAGCCAUUGAGAAGAAUGAGUUCUGAAUCAGGCAAGGCAUUGAAAGAACUAUCGCUUGCCUUCAAGAAAAUGAAAAAGCCGUCCU